AUGGACACUAUAUUUUACUUUAAUCAAAACUUAUCCUCGGUGGAUUUAAAAAAACUAAAUAUUAGUAGAUUAGUAUUUUCUAAAGCUCCCAAUGAUAAAACAGUAACAACGUCUUCUAAAGAGAGGAAGGAAAAUACAAGAAUGGGCAAACAGGCGCCAUCUGUCUACGCAGCCAAGAUAAAGACGAAAAUUCACAACACAUCGUCAUUUUUCAAGCUCUCUUUGAAAACCAACAACAAGGCUCUUGCCCUAGCUCUGGUUGCUCAGAAGCAGAGAAGCAGAGAGCUGGAGAUGGAUGUUGUGCGGCUGAGGAAAGAUGUACAGGCUCUUAAUUUUGAUCUUGCCUUUCAGCGUCAUAAAAACAAACAAUUGUUUGCCAUUAUACGUGAAUUUUAUGACUCUUCCCUUAACUGGAUGGCAAAGGCAGUGGAUAUUUUUUCUAAUGAUGAGGUUCCAGAAAGUAUGGAUUCAGAACACGGCAGCACUGAAGGUAUGAGAAGUCAAUGUGCUUGUAAAGAGAGGCCUCUCACCCCAGAGAGGGACAAUCCAAUGCAGCAAAAUACCCUAUAUGAUGAUGAAAUGGAGAUGACCAUUACUGAAAGUGGUGCUGAAAUAGUGACAGCUGAAACAAACAUGAGAAGAAACUCUAGAGUUAUGGAAAAACAUCAGGAAAAGAAGGAUUUGUGUCUAUCGGAAAAGAGUAGCGAGAGUAGAUCUGCAGAGGAAGAAGCACCAGUUGAAUUUGGUCGAUCAAAUUCUGCAGCUGUUCCACAAGCAAUAACCAAUGCAACACCGCAUUGCUCUCUUGCUUUCCAGAAUGAGGAAGAGCAUUGUCAGGAAAGAGAAAAGUGUUGGAUUGGAGAUAAUGAAUCCGUAACGGCACACAGGAAAACUCAUGUCACCUCUCGUCAUAGUAAAAGUAGACGGCACACAUUUAAACGGACAAAUCCAGAUCCAAGGACAACUUACCUAAUCUCCCAAGAUUCCCCAGAUGACAUUUUAAGUGAUUGUUUUAGUGAUCUUGAGGUUCAGAAUUCUCAAAGAAGUAAGGCAAUUCCUUGGGAUGGAAAUCUUUCAAGCAAAGCUGCUACAAAUAAUGCAGAGGAAGCUCAUGCUACCCAGGAACCCAAGAGUCAAAAUGAAAAUAUCAGGAGAACUUAUAUAGUUCAAGAUGAACUAAGACCUCAGAAGAGAAAGAAGACUCAAAUCUCGUCCUUUACUAUGAAUCAUGGUUUAUCGAAUGCACAGGAAGAUGUUGAAUCCACCAGUACUGUGUGCCCAGAGGCUGCUGCUACAGAUGUGCAUGUCCAUGAGACCACAGUCAAAGUUAAAAAACACGCAAACAAAACACUAGCACAUCCACUUCCUCAGUAUGAAGAAUGCAACACACGGAAAAGCAGAGGAACAUUUGUUAUACAAGCCAGUAAAUCAUUUGUCACCAGGAAUUCAACAGACAUUUUGAACGACAAUAUAUUAGAGGAUGCCAACAGACCAGGAGAUUCAGAGGAAGUAGCAUCAGAAAUCCAAAUGAUCCCUCAAAUUAUCUGUUUAGAUGACAUUGCAGAACAGCAAAUCGAGCCAGAGACUGUUCCUUACAAGAUAUCAGGUGAAAACAUCUGUUCAGAACGUUCGCAGUAUGUUCAUAACCUUUUAAAAGAAUCAUCUGAAUUUCCAUCAUUAGUGUCCAGUAAAGAUAAAAAACACAGAAAAGAGGUGAAAGAUAAAAUAACAAAGAGGAAUGCUGCAGGAAGAGCCAAAUCUAAAACAGGAACAAAGAAACAGUGGAAUAAUUGUACAAUAAGUAGUUAUGGAAAUUUAGCAACUGAAAGGCAAGAUGUGGUUGAUCUUCAGAAUAGAGGAGAAUGCAGUUAUUUCUCUAAUACCUUGCAACUAACAGGGAUGUCUCAUUGUUCUGCCUCAGAGGAGGACCUCAGGAAUAAACAUAAUUCUAAAACCCAUAAAAGAAACAUUGACAUGAGUGCAAGCACCCCAUCCUCUGUUGAAAAGGCUGAUCAGGCUAACCAUAUCAACAUGGAUGAUCUUUGCAUGUAUCUGGAUCAAACUGACCAGGGACAUGAUAGAAGGUGCAGGAGAACAUCUAUAAUUUCAUCUUGUCAUAAUUCACCUGGUAAACAGUCGAGUGGCAGUGGGGCUUCCAGCUGCUUUUCUGAAGAUCAUUUACGCUCAAAUGGAUCAUAUGAAGUUUUACCUGUAAUGGCUUCAGAUAGUUUUAAUGGGCACAUGAAGGACCACAGCCUUCAGUUCACAAAGGAGAGGCCUCCCUGGGAGUCUCUUGGUGGGUACCCUGAAAUGCUCUCGGAUGAGAGCUCUGCUCACAGCCCUCAACAAAAGGCCCACUCUCAAACCAUGAACAUUUGUCAAGACCAGGAGUUGAACUUGAAGCACCAACCUCCAGUAGAAGACAUGGUUAUGAAGAGUCUAACAAAUAAAGACUCGAAAGUUGGCUCUGAUUUUGGCAGAAUGCGAAGAAGAGCAGCACCAGUCUCCUACAAAGAACCUACACUCAACUGCAAAAUGAGGCGUGGGGACAAAUACACUGAUACAAAAUUCUUGAAUUCUCCUGUGUUCAAAGACAAAAAGAAAAAGAAACGAACUCAAGGAAAAGGAGGGAUCUCCCAAUGA